AUGCCCGCCAAACAAGAUGACGCGCCGCUGAACGGCUUCGCGCUCCGCCGACAGCAGAACAGGGCGGCGUUCGACAAACUGCUCGAUGAUGUAGCCGUGGCCGCCAAGAAGGUUGCGCCCAAGCCGCCGCCAAAGAAAUCGACACCUUCGAGACCGAGAACCCGACAAGCGCCCGUUAAGACAGAGCCUACCCGUGCGACCCGACGAAGUGCGCGCGUCGCGGGCCUUGGGGCCGACAACGACACCCUCAAGAGAAAAUACGAGGUUGAAGCAGAAGUUGCGGCCGAACAAGCAAAGGCCAAGAAGUUGAGAGUCAACGGCGACCUCAGCCUUGGCGAUAUCGCAGUCGAAGGAAAGAAGUGGGAAUCCGGCGUGGGUGGUCUCAAGGGGAUCGUUCGCGGCGCGCAACCCGGAGUGCGGACCUUCACAGAGGAUGAUGUGAAGGAGACCACGGACAAGGGCCUCAAGGAGUUGCGACUUCGAAUGAGCGAUCUCAAGUUGUACGAACACUGGGCGCCUAACGAUAUCAAGAUCACUCCCCAACGCGCAUACGCCCUUGGAUUCCACCCUACAGAAUCGAAGCCUAUAAUAUUUGCCGGCGACAAAGAGGGUGCCAUGGGAGUGUUUGAUGCCUCCCAAACUUCACCCGAAGUUGACGACGAUGACGAAGAUGUCGACAUUCCCGACCCCGUGAUUUCUGCGUACAAGACACAUAGUCGCACUAUAACUUCCUUUGUGUUUCCGCAGCACGACCCAAACUCUGUGUACUCGUCGUCCUACGAUUCCUCAAUCAGAAAACUCGACCUGGCGAAGGAGCAAUCGGUUCAAAUCUGGGCUCCUGAGGAUGCCAACGAAGAACUCCCUAUAUCAGCACUGGACAUGGCAGAUUCUAAUCCCAACGUGCUCUACUUUUCAACCCUUGACGGAGGUGUUGGUCGUUACGAUAUCAGAACAUCUGACGGCGCAGAAAUCUGGAACUUGUCGGAGCAAAAGAUUGGCGGCUUCUCGCUUCACCCAUUGCAGCCUCACCUUCUGGCGACGGCUUCCCUGGACAGAACUCUCAAGAUCUGGGACUUGCGAAGCAUUACUGGAAAGGGUGAUCUCAAGCACCCUGCGCUUCUGGGUGAGCAUGAGUCACGCCUCUCGGUGUCGCAUGCAUCGUGGAGUGCUGGGGGACAAAUCGCGACGUCGUCCUACGACGACACGAUCAAGAUCUACAACUUUGCCGACGCCGGGUCCUGGAAACGUGGACACGACAUCAAGUCAAAGGCCAUGGAACCCGCGCAUAAGGUGCCACACAACAACCAGACUGGCCGAUGGGUGACCAUCUUGAAGCCGCAAUGGCAGAAGCGCCCCCACGAUGGUAUUCAGAAGUUUGUCAUUGGCAACAUGAACCGCUUUGUCGACGUCUUUGCCUCGGAUGGCAGCCAACUUGCCCAACUUGGCGGCGACGGCAUUUCCGCUGUGCCUGCGGUGGCACAUUUUCACCCAACGCUGGACUGGGUCGCUGGUGCAACAGCAAGCGGCAAGCUCUGUUUCUGGCAGUAA